AUGUUUACCGGGAUAGUAGAACACAUAGGAACAGUGGAGGAAUUCAAAGAAUUAGAUACUUCAGAAUCAGGAGGCAAUGGAGUUUCAUUAUUAAUCAAAGAUGCUACUUCAAUAUUAGGUGAUUGUCAUAUUGGUGAUUCAAUAUCAAUUAAUGGUACUUGUUUAACUGUUACAGAGUUUGAUGAAAAUACUUUCAAAGUUGGAUUAGCACCUGAAACAUUAAGAAGAACAAAUUUGGGUUCAUUAAAAUCAGGUUCAAAAGUUAAUUUAGAAAGAGCUAUUGGUGGUGAUGUUAGAUUUGGUGGACAUUAUGUUCAAGGUCAUGUUGAUACAGUGGCAAGUAUUGAAAAGAUUGAUAAAGAUGGUAAUGCAUUGAAUUUUACAUUCAAAUUAAAAGAUUUACAAUAUAUUAAUUAUAUUGUGGAAAAGGGGUUUAUAGCAAUUGAUGGUACUUCAUUAACAAUUACACAUGUUGAUCAUAAACAAGGUACAUUUGGAAUUUCAAUGAUUGAACAUACACAAAAAAAUGUUAUUAUGACAUUGAAGCAUAUUGAUGAUUUUGUUAAUAUUGAAGUUGAUUUAACUGGGAAAUUAAUUGAAAAACAAGUUGAAUUACAAUUAUCAAGUCAAAUUUCAAAUGAAGAAAGUCCAUUAGUUUCAUUGAUUCAUAAAAUUGUUGAAGAAAAAUUAUCAAAAAUUACAAAAUAG